AUGUCUUUUCAUCAGCAUGGAGAUGAAAACGAUGGCUUGAUCACGCCAGAGGCGCCAGACCAAGCGUCCUCCGCUUACGGCUCCACCAAGCUGGUCGACGAAGAGGCAGUGGUAUCCAAGCCGGGACUUCCUCCAAACUUUGUGUGGAUCGAGCUGUCUCUGUUUGCCAAUGUCUUCCUGUCUGGCUUCGACGGGACGGUGACUGCGUCCACGUACGCGACGAUCGGCAACGAGUUCAAGGCCGCCAACACUGCUUCGUGGAUCACCUCGUCGUAUCUGAUCACCAGCACCGCGUUCCAACCUCUGUACGGUUCGUUUUCCGACGUGCUGGGCCGAAGAGCCUGUUUGAUGGGGGCCACGGGCUUCUUCAUCGUGGGGUGUCUCGGGUGCGGUCUGUCGUCCAGCAUCCUGAUGCUCGACUUUUUCCGCGCAAUCACAGGUAUUGGGGGUGGUGGUUUGGUCACCUUGGCUACCAUCGUUAAUUCAGACAUCAUUGCUCCGGAAAAGAGAGGAAACUGGCAGGCUUUCCAGAACCUGCUGCUUGGAUUCGGAUCAAUCUGCGGAGCGUCGCUUGGCGGUGUUAUCGCAGACACGUUUGGCUGGAGAUGGUGUUUCCUGUUCCAGGUCCCAGUAGCGUUGGCUGGUAUUCUUGUGGGCCACCACUUCAUCCACGAUCCAAAGCCCACGCAUUUCCACCUCUCAUCCCACGCUCUCGACAGAAUCGACAUCAACGGGUCCGUUACGCUGGUGCUUUCGCUGGCUGUGCAGAUGGUGGUGCUUUCCUUGGGCGGAAACGAGCUUGGCUGGAACGAUUACCGGCUACAACUACUGUUUAUUUUGAGUCUGGCGUUGUUGGCACUGUUUGUAGCCAUUGAACUCAAGACCAGCGCAGUGCCAAUCAUCCCACCUGUGUUGCUCCACGGAGCUUUCAGCUACAUCAUCCUCGGAAUCGGUGUUUUGGUGGGGAUCUCGAGCUACGCGUACCUGUUUAUCCUUCCGUUGCUGUUCCAGAUAGUGCUGGGAGACACGGCCUCGCAUGCAGGUCUGCGACUCACAAUUCCUUCGCUCUUUACUCCGGUUGGUGGACUGAUAGCGGGAUAUUUCAUGAGCCGCGGCAAGAACGUACUUUUUUCGUUGGUGACUGCAGGAUGUGCUUUAAUGUUGUUGGGCAACACAUUGGCCCUGUUUAUAGAUACUGGGGUCAACAAGUGGCUGGUCGGGCUUUGCCUCGUGCCGGCCAACGUGGGACAGGGUAUGAUCUUCCCCAGCUCGCUUUUCUCGUUUAUCUACAAUUUUGAUAAGCAAAAGCAGGCAAUUUCUACCUCCACGGCUUAUCUUUUUAGGAGCAUUGGCUCCGUCUGGGGAGUCACCGGGUCGGCUGCCAUCAUCCAGCGUCUGUUUGUGCAAAAGACACAACAAGAGCUCGCGAAUUUACCCGAGUUGUCAAAAAAACAGAUUGCUACCAUUGUCCAUUCUGUCUCCAAGGACAUCUCCGUGAUAAGCUCCUUGCGGCCAGAAAUUCGCGCGAUAGUGGUUUCCGGAUACAGCACCGCAAUCAAGAGGGCCCAGCUGGUGUCGUGUUUGUGCUGUUUGUUGUGUCUGGUGCUGGCUGGCUUGAAAAAAGCGUUCAGGGUCCGGUCCCGGUCGUCUUACGAUUAG